GGAGUGAGCGGAGCGGCAACGGCGGCGGCGCCGUCCCGCACGCGCGCGCGGCGGCGGCUCCCUCCCAACCUCCCUUCCCCUCCCCUCGUUCCCCUUCCCCUUCCCUCCCCCCACGCCCGGAAAACGCGAGCCGUCGCCGCGCUGCCUCCACCGCCGCCUGCCUUCGGCCAACCGCCCCCAACGGCCGUCCCCUCGCUCCUCCCCUUGGGGCUCCUCCGAGCGCCACGGGCGCCUGCCUCCCGCCGCUCCGCACGCUCCCCGCUCGCGGGCACGUUGCUGCUGCGAGGCGCCAUGCCCCGGCCGCGGGCUGCUCGCGGGCCUAGCCGCGGCGGCCCGAGAUAGGGGCCCCUCGUCUCCCGGGGGAGGAGAGAGGCUCGAGCCGCGCGCUCCGCCCCCUCCCCCCGGGCUGUCGCCGCCGCCGCCGCCGCCACCGCCUCGCCGCCCCAGCUGGCGGGUAGGAGGAGCACCAGGCCUCGGGGCCCCGCACCGCCGCCCGCAGGUCAUUCCUGGUUCAUUUGCAUCCUUGAAGAGCAUCUGUAGAAGAGGAAGGAAAAGAUGGGUGUGAAAACAUUUACUCAUAGCUCUUCUUCCCACAGUCAGGAAAUGCUUGGAAAGCUAAACAUGCUGCGAAAUGAUGGACAUUUCUGUGACAUCACUAUUCGUGUCCAGGACAAAAUCUUCCGGGCACAUAAGGUGGUACUAGCAGCUUGCAGUGAUUUUUUUCGCACUAAACUUGUAGGCCAAGCAGAGGAUGAGGACAAGAAUGUGUUGGAUUUACAUCAUGUUACAGUGACUGGUUUUAUCCCCCUUCUAGAAUAUGCUUACACAGCCACUCUGUCAAUUAACACAGAAAAUAUCAUCGAUGUGCUGGCUGCAGCCAGCUAUAUGCAAAUGUUCAGCGUUGCGAGCACCUGCUCAGAGUUCAUGAAAUCAAGCAUUUUAUGGAAUACACCCAACAGCCAACCGGAAAAGGGUCUCGAUGCUGGACAAGAAAAUAACUCUAAUUGCAAUUUCACUUCUCGAGAUGGAAGCCUUUCACCCGUGUCGUCAGAGUGCAGCGUGGUAGAAAGAACCAUUCCCGUCUGCAGAGAAUCCCGGAGAAAGCGCAAAAGCUACAUCGUUAUGUCUCCCGAAAGUCCUGUCAAGUGCAGCACACAGACAAGCUCCCCCCAGAUACUGAAUUCUUCAGCUUCCUACUCAGAAAAUAGAAGUCAACCAGUUGACUCUUCUCUAGCUUUUCCCUGGACUUUUCCUUUUGGGAUUGAUCGGAGGAUUCAGCCUGACAAGGUUAAGCAGGCAGAAAACACCCGGACUUUAGAACUACCUGGCCCAUCUGAGACCGACAGAAGAAUGGCUGAUUUUGUGACUUGUGAGAGCACAAAAACGACCUUGCCUCUGGGUACCGAAGAAGAUGUCCGGGUGAAAGUAGAAAGGUUAAGUGAUGAGGAGGUGCAUGAGGAAGUACCCCAGCCCGUCAGUGCAUCUCAGAGUUCACUGAGUGACCAGCAAACAGUGCCAGGAAGUGAACAAGUCCAAGAGGACCUUCUGAUUAGUCCACAGUCUUCCUCAAUAGGCUCGGUAGAUGAAGGUGUCACCGAAGGGUUACCUACGCUUCAAAGCACUUCCAGCACCAAUGCUCACGCAGAUGACGAUGAUCGAUUGGAAAAUGUUCAGUAUCCCUACCAACUCUACAUUGCUCCUUCUACCAGCAGUACAGAACGGCCCAGCCCAAAUGGUCCGGACAGACCUUUUCAAUGUCCAACUUGUGGGGUGCGAUUCACCCGAAUUCAGAACCUAAAACAGCACAUGCUCAUCCACUCAGGAAUUAAACCAUUUCAGUGUGACCGCUGUGGAAAAAAGUUCACCAGGGCUUACUCGCUAAAGAUGCAUCGCCUAAAGCAUGAAGGUAAACGCUGUUUCCGGUGCCAGAUAUGUGGUGCCACUUUCACUUCCUUCGGGGAAUAUAAGCAUCACAUGAGGGUUUCCCGGCACAUUAUCCGCAAGCCUCGGAUUUACGAGUGCAAAACAUGUGGCGCCAUGUUCACCAACUCUGGAAAUUUAAUCGUGCACCUGAGGAGUCUGAACCAUGAAGCGUCAGAGCUAGCAAACUACUUCCAGAGCAGUGAUUUCCUAGUACCGGACUACUUAAACCACGAGCAAGAAGAGGCCCUUGUUCAGUAUGACCUUGGAGAACACAGUUUUGAAAGCAACUCCUCUGUUCAGAUGCCUGUGAUUUCACAGGUCUCCUCGACCCAGAAUUGUGAAAGCACUUUUCCCCUGGGGUCUCUCGCCGGGCUGGCAGAAAAGGAGGAAGAAGUGACAGAGCAGCCCAAGACCAGCGCUUGUGCCGAGGCCACUGGAGAGGACCCCCCCAAAUCAGAGCUGUCUUCUAUAACUAUUGAGUAAUUCCAUGGUUUGGCUUCAUUUUGGUUUUUUGGGAAGUGCCUGUGCUUGGUCUUGUACAUUUAAAUUUAAUUUAAUUUUUUAAAAAAGGUUUUGGGGAAGAGUUUUCCUUUUUACUUUGUGAACUCUGCAAUUCAUGACUGGGAGACUGCUUCUGUAAGUACACAGUAACAUGGUGUCGGAAUAUAAUACAUUGUUGACUGUAGGGAGAACCAAUUGACUUAAAACAUGUAGUCGUUUCUCCUUGCAUUGUUGUUAGUAGACUAACAACAGAUCAUUAGGUAACGAACCGGGUGAAUGUUGACCUUCCCGAGAUGAAAGGGCACACCAGAAACAUACUAAAGGAAUGUGACAGAUGGCCUGGAUAGAUGUUUACCCCUGUACACCGGACGUUGUACAGUAUUUUGUAAAGCCUUUUGCUUCUGGAAGUAUUUAUGGUAAGCUAGCUUAAAAAUUAUUAGGGUAAAUACUCUUUUUUUUUUUUCACUUUAGAGAGAAAGAAGAGAUAGAAGCAUCAAUGGUGAGAGAGAAUCAUCUAUCAGCUGCCUCCUGUAUGCCCCACACUGGGGAUGGAGCCUGCAACCCGGGCAUGUGCCCUGACCAGGAAUCAAACUGUGACCUCCUGGUUCAUAGGUCAACGCUCAACCACUGUGCCAUGUUGCCUGGGCAGUUUUUUUAAGUUUUGUCCUUUCUAUUCUGAUAUUUCAUGGUGAAAAUUUGAUAUUGGAAUAGGCAUUCUUCGAAUCUUUAUAGAACUAGUCCUCCAAAUAAUCUUACCUUUCUUCUACAAAAGAAGGCAAAAACCAUGAUUGAGAAUAGUCCAGCUAUGCAUGAAGUGACCAGGAAUGGAGAAUGUAGUACGUAAAUUCCAAUUUCAUAGGAGCUCUUUAUAAUACUACUUUUCUAGCUGAAGUUGUCCAGCUGGUCUUUGAAUGUUAAUGUCUAACUAGUUAGGUCACUGCCUAAAUUAGUGUCCUCUUUCCCCACCCACAAUACUUUCUCUUGCAUAUGCGGCCAUGAUACUAUAUAAAGGAAAAAUAUUGGAGAUAUUCUAUAUUUUAUAUGUAGGUUUAUGUAUUGUUGGGGAUGUUUUUAUUGUGCUGUUUUAGACAAAAUAAAAAUUAUAUUAAGACUAUGUUCUUAACCCAGCUAAGAUUGUUUACAAAAAUUCCAUAUGGCAGUGAUACGUUAUCCUUGUCCCAAAAUAUUUUUAGACAUUGCCAAGUUUAUUAAAAUCAGUUAGUGUAGUUUUUACACUAUGUAAGCAAUAAUGUAAAAGAUGAGGAUAGUCUAUAGAAUGAUGGUCUGUGACUCAGAAAUCUGGGUGGAAACAGUUGUUAAAACUAAAGAAAAACUAAAAAUCUUAAAUUAAUGUCACCUUUUUGCUGCUAACUAAUGAAACUUUCUGAUUUAUAGUUGAAUUUAUAUGAUACUCUAGGCUGGAGUAUACUUUUCAUCUAGUACCAGUUAAAGCAUCACUUACCUUGAUCUGGAAUAUUCAUGAGUUUAUGAACAAUGAACUUUGAGUAACUAUGUAUAUACCCAAAGUUUAAUAAUUAUGAAAGCACCUGAUUAGAUCAUUAAAAGGGGGAUUAAAAUACAGUUUCUUAUUCAGCAAACAAGAUUUGAAUUUUGUCCAGGUGCUAGACCUUAAUAAUAAAACAUAUUUUUUAAGUUUUA